GAAUUCCUUGUCUCCAGCUAAAUUCUGGAUGUAUUGUGACAUUUUCAAGCAGCAGAACCUUACAUUUGGCCAACCCAGAAGUGACACAUGUUCAAGAUGUGAUGCUUUUUUUAUGAAAUUGUCAACUGUGUCAUCCGAAGAGGAAAGGAAAAAAGUGUUAACUGAAAGUGAGCUACACCAUCGGAAAGCUGAGAAAGCCUACACCCAACUUCAGGCUGAUACAGAGUGGGCUAAAGUAAACAGUAAUUGCCAUGUAAUUUGUAUUGAUCUACAAGGUGUCAUUUACACACCCAAUCUGACCCAUUCCAACAUCUACUACCAGAGGCAGUUGGCAAAUUGCAACUUGUGUAUUCAAGAACUUGGGACAGAAGAACCAGCAACCAUGUGUGUGUGGCAUGAGGGGAUUGCACACAGAGGAUCUGUUGAAGUUGCUAGCUGUGUUUAUAAGUGGGUUCAGACAAAUUUUACUCAACUGCCCAUAUCCAAGGAGCGUAAGCUUGUCGUAUAUAGCGACAGGUGUUGUGGCCAAAACAACAACUGGAGGAUGCUCAAUUUAAUGUCAAUGCUCAUAUCACGGCAUUACUUUACUCAGAUUGAACAGAAGUUCAUGGUCUCUGGGCAUUCUUUUCUUCCAUGUGAUCGUGCCUUCUCUGUAAUUGAAAGAAGACGCAAAGUGUCUACAAUUUAUACACCCUCUGAUGUUACUGAGAUAAUCAAACAAUCAAGACCACAAAACCCAUUCAAAGUCAUUGAGAUGAAGUGUGAUGAUUUCAGGCUGCUACCAGACUCUGUCCCUAAACGAACCACUGGACUACAGAUCACCUCAGUGAUGUGGUUCAAACUGACAGCUGAUGAUCCCUGGAAUGUGCAUACCAGACAGAGCCAUAGUCAGUAUGAAGGGUGGAAGACAUGGGCAGUCACUAAAUCCAAACGAGGAGCUAGGCCUCAAGCACCAGUUUUCAGCAGACACUAUCCAAGGGCAUAUGAGAGUUCAUUGCCAAUCAAGAAUGAGAAGCACCAGGACCUUAUGACAAUGCUGGACUACUUACCAACUUCUGCUCGAUCUUUUUAUGAAUCUCUGGAAUGUGAAUAAUAAUCAGAUUGAUCUAAAUUUUACUUAAUAUUACAUUGUUUAAUAUUAGUUAUGUUUCAUGGGGGUUUUAGUGGGGGUGUUUUAUGUAUUGUUUAUGUAAUGUAAAAAUCCUAAAUUAAAUAUAGAUUAUAUGGAGUUCUAUUAAAAAGUUAAUCAUCUACAGAAAUCACACUUAAAA